GUCCGGUGUGCAUGAGAAGUGUGCUCGCUCGUCUUUCUCGGCUCUUCGGGACAUUUUACAAACGGACUCCCAUUUGGUCGGCCAAGGUUGUAUUGGAAUGCAUGCCUGUUCAGCCUUUAUCCUUUACGCAUUUUACUACUUGUUGUGGAAAACGGGCGAUACACUUGAGUUAAGAAGAACCUUUCAAGUAACGAGGGACUUUCAUUGGUCAUUUUGACCAUUUGCACAUAUUCUGCUGGACGAUGGGACGUCAAAUUAUAUUGGAAAUAGUUUCCGUUUUAAUUUUCUUUCCAAAUGCUAUACAUUGUGAAAUAGUGUUCCCUCCAGAGUGUGCUCCAGGGGGGCACUCCCUGCUCCAGAACCCCUACCGCAGCACCAGUUUCAGCUCCGAAAAGCUGCAGCAGUCGCCCGUUCAGACCCUCAUUUGCGACCACUCCCUCACACCUGGCUGGUACCGCUUCCAGAUCUUUGACAAGCCAGCCAGCAUGCCCACCAAAUGUGUGGAGGUGAACCACUGUGGCACCCAGGCUCCUGUGUGGCUGUCUCUGCGGGAGGGUGAAACUCUGCCCGGUCCCUUGGAGGUGAGGCAGCUGACUGCUUGUGCAACCUGGCACUUCUUCUCCAGCAGCAGCAAGGACUGCUGCCUGUUUCACAUCCCUGUGACCGUGCGCAACUGUGGAGACUUCUACAUCUACCUGCUGCAGCCCACGCAGGGCUGCAUGGGUUACUGCGCCGAGGAGAUGUCUAACACAUCAGAAUCGGUGGUAGCAGCCACAGCGGUCUGCGGUGCUGAGGAGGAUCAAGUAGAUGGAACGUGUAGAGCCAAACAGCCCCCCUCGCCCUCUGUCCCAGUCAUUGUGGCAGAGCUAUCAGGCAGCACCAUCUACCUGAAGUGCAGCUUUGAGAGCCAGAGUGUGAACAGCUCGCUGGGCUAUGUGGUGGCCUGGUCCCGACUCUCCCCUCAGGGCCGCAGAGAGGAACUCAAACAGGAGACAACUGUACAGACAUCUGCUUUCAUGGAGUUGGAUGGCAUCAAUCUACGGCUGGGGGAUAAGAUUUACUGCAGCAGCUCCAGUUUCUUUCUGGACUCACCGGACAUUAAUGGAAGUCCAGUGGAAAGUGAGGAGUUCUUUGCUGGGAUCAGGUUGAAACCAGAGAACAGUACAGUGUCUGAAGAUGGGAGAGAGUAUGAGCUGACUGUGGAAAGCACUGUUCCGAUUCCCUGCCCAGGAGACUCCUCCUUAGCAGAUCAGUGUUCCUUCUUCUUACACCUCAGCACAAGGAAUCCAGGAGAGGAACAGCAGAGUUCAGACGUGGUCUUGACCUCCUGUGUGGUGGAGCUAUCCCAAAGUCCCUGUCGGAGUGGUUUGUGUAGCAAGGCUGUGGUCCACUUCACUGCUGUCACAGAUUUAAUAAAGGACGGGGACAGGACAACUGAGAUUGUUGUUAAACCUGUAGUCACCAAUAAUUUUCUCUGGAAUGGCUAUAUUCCACAGAGUGUGCAGAUCCUAGUAAAGGAUGUUCCCUCGGCUUACUGCUACGCCUUCACUGACCCUCACAUUAUCACAUUCGAUGGCAGGCAGUAUGAUAACUACCAUAUCGGCACCUUUGUGCUGUACAAGAGCACGCGCUGGCCCUUCGAAGUGCACGUGCGCCAGUGGGAGUGCGGCAGCGUGGUGCAUGAUGCAUCCUGCGUGUGCGGCUUUGCGGUGCGGGAUGCUGGGGACGUCAUCGCAUUCGACAUGUGCAACGGCGAGCUGGGGAGCACUAAGCCACACAUUCAUGUGAGGAACAGGGACCUAGGGAAGACUGGCAUCCACAUCACCAAGUCCUACCAGGGACGCAAGGUCACUAUGAUGUUCUCAUCUGGGGCGUUUGUGCGUGCAGACGUGGCUAACUGGGGGAUGAGUCUGACCCUGAGAGCUCCCAGCUCAGACUGGUCUCACACCGAGGGCCUGUGCGGGACGUAUGACGGACAGACGCAAAAUGACCUGCACACACCAGAGGGUGCCACUCUUGAGGACGUUCCUGAUUUCAUUGCUGCAUGGAGGCUUUCUCCAGGCAGCAGCUGGUUUGACACAGUCCCUUCCCAUCCAAACACUCAAAGCCCUCACAUAUACUGCAACUGUGCAAGUGAGACAGACCCUUUAUCUCGUAGAACCCGGUCUCAAUCACUCACUGUCUCAGACCCCUCCUGCUCUCACCAUGGCAAUGUGAGACUGCCGAGUGUCAUCCCCACGUUGGACAUUACAGCUGAGUACAUCAAUUCAGUGGAGCUGGUCAAAGCCCAGGACCACCAUAGAACGCCAUCAGGACACUCCAACCAGCGUACUCAGGGUGAAGGCACUGCUGCCCAGUCUCCACAGAGAGGGUCUCCUGCGAGAAAUUCCAGGGGUGGACCAUCCACUUCCAUCCAUCGCCGCUCAAAUAACCAAAGAGGCAGGCGCCAGACUUAUGUGGACAUAUCAAAAAAUCCCUACCAGAGCCUGAGUCAGUCUGACCUGGAAGGCUCAACAUAUUUCUUCCCCAAGGACCAUGAGUUUGUACCCCAGCUUGAGACUUCUUCUCUCCCGACCUGGCCCACCCCAUCUGGGCUAACCCAGCCCCAGGCCAGGCUCCAGUGCCAGCGUGUGGUGGCAAACUCUAGCAUAGCGCUAGGCUGUGCCCGUCUAUUGGGCAACGCCAUAGUUAGUCGUUCUGUGGCUAUGUGCGUUACUGACUUGCAGAUGAAGGACGAUCAGGAGUGGGUGGGCGCCACCCUUCCAUUGCUAGAGAACGAGUGUGAGAGGAGGCUGGUGGAGGAGAAGGGGCAAGGAGGAGAGGAUCAGGAUGUUCUUUCCUACCUUAAGUGUCCUAGCCUGUGUCAUGGGAACGGGCAGUGCUCCCAGUGGGGCUGUGUGUGUUUCCCAGGGUUUGGCUCCUAUGACUGCAGUGUGCUUGCUGACCAGAUCCCAGAGAUAUUGGAGCUGGAGAAUGAAGGAUUCUGUGAUUUGAAGGAGGGAGACUGCUCCUCAGUGCAAGUCUAUGGCCAAGGCUUUAAAGACUCUUAUGAGCUCAAGUGUGAGUUUGUGAAAGAAAAGUUUGCAGAAGGAGAAUGGUUUCUCGAUGAGCCAGAGUUUGUGCAGGCUAUCUACCUGGAUGUCACUUCUCUGGAGUGUCCACUCCCCCUGCAGGAUAGGGAGCCCCUUGCAGACUUUGACAUGGAAACCUUCAUUGACAGACCCCUUGCACGCUGGCAGAUAAAAGUGUCCAAUGAUGGCUAUGGCUACAGCAAUGCCAAGAUCUUAACUCUGUUUGAUGGGACCUGUCAGAUCUGCAGCCUUAAUGCUGAAGUCCUCUGCACACUAAAGGAGAGAACAUGCAACAUCGAUGGCCAGUGUCAUGAAAAGGGGGACUUUAAUCCCAACAGCCCUUGCCUGACAUGCAAUCCAGACUCCUCCAAAUACAUAUGGUCUAUUGCUGACAAGAACAAGCCCCCAGUGUUCCAGUCAGCAUCCACAGAGCAUCUCCAGUCAUUCCAGGGGGAGAACUUUGUGUAUCAGCUGGUUGCUCAGGACCCAGAGGGCUCAGCAGUGUUGUUCACUCUGGAUUCAGGUCCUAGAGAGGCGUCACUCUCCCCUGCUGGCCUACUCAUCUGGAAGGCCACUUCUGUCACCACGGAUACACACUCUUUCCACUUCACUGUCACAGAUGAUUGCAAUUCUGAAGUUAAAGCUUCGGUUCAGGUCUCUGUGUUCCCUUGUGACUGUCUGAAUGGAGCUUCCUGUGUUACGAAUAUUAACUUCCCCCCUGGCAGUGGGGAGUACCUGUGUGUCUGCCCUGACGGCUUUAAGGGGGACAGAUGUGAGGUGGAUAUAGACGACUGUAAGCCCAACCCCUGUCGACUGGCCCUCUGUAUAGAUGGACCCAACUCUUUCUCCUGUAUUUGUCCUGCUGGGAUGACAGGUCAUACGUGCAGAGAGGAUGUAGAUGAAUGUGCCUCACAGCCAUGUUUUCCUGGGGUGGGGUGCAGCAACACACCAGGCUCGUUCAGCUGUGGUUCCUGUCCAGAGGGCUACCAUGGCGAUGGGAAGAGGUGUAAACGUAAGUCAGUGGUUCCUGCUAAGGGUGAUGAGCUUGAGGAUACUCAUAGAGUGACCCUACCUGCUGGGGGUUCCCAUGGCUCCGCUAAAACCAUGCCAACUGCCCCAUCCCCCUGCUCCAGACGACCAUGUCACCCAGGGGUGCAGUGCUUUGAGAGCACCCAUGUGUCUGAAGGGUAUAUCUGUGGACCCUGUCCACCUGGGUACCACGGAAAUGGACAGACCUGCAGCAGAAGAACCCCAAUUGGGCAAAUGCCAGUCACCGGCAGAGGUGAUGGACGGUCUCAGGUGAUUGAAUCAGACCCCAGUACGGAAACUGCAGUUACAUUCUCCUCUUCCUCAACCACUCAACCCAAGAAGGACCAUGACGAAUGGAGAAAAUUUGAAGUUUCUCCUUCUGGUACCUCAAGAGAGCCUGUAUCCUCUAUUGACAAGAAAACCACCAACCCUAGAAACCAAACUAUCUUUGCCCGUACAAUGAUCCACAGAGGCCAAUCCAACAGGGAGGAUUUGAACCCAGACCCCUGGGUCAGAUGGGGGUCAUUGCCUUCCAUGUUGACCUGUUCAGACUCACCUUGCUUCUCUGGUGUCCCUUGUGAAGCAACAACCACAGGGUCCUUUAAAUGUGGCCGCUGUCCGUAUGGGUACACUGGAGAUGGGAUCAUAUGCAAAGCUGUGUGCAGGUAUCUAUGUGGUAGGAACAUGGAGUGUACUUUGCCCAACACCUGCACAUGCAAAGAAGGAUAUACUGGAUACAACUGCCACAUAGCUGUGUGUCGACCUGACUGUAAGAACCAAGGGAAGUGUGUGAAGCCCAAUGUCUGUGCUUGUCCGGACGGCUACAGCGGACCCUCUUGUGAAGAAGCUAACUGUAAGCCAUCUUGUCAGCAUGGAGGAACCUGUUUAGCCAGAAACCUCUGCACUUGCUCCUACGGCUACGUGGGACCAAGAUGUGAAAUCAUGGUAUGUAACAGGCACUGUGAAAAUGGAGGGGAGUGCAUAUCUCCUGAUGUUUGUAAGUGCAAGUCUGGCUGGUACGGACCAACAUGCAACUCGGCUGUGUGUAAUCCAGUGUGUUUGAAUGGCGGAACGUGCAUCAAACCAAACAUCUGUGCCUGUCCCAGUGGCUUCUAUGGCUCUCAGUGUCAGAUCGCUGUGUGUAGUCCUCCUUGUAAGAAUAGUGGCCAGUGUAUGAGGAACAACGUGUGCUCAUGUCCUGAGGGUUACACAGGGAAGAGGUGCCAAAAGAGUGUGUGUGAGCCCAUGUGUAUGAACAAGGGAAAGUGUGUGAGUCCCAAUACCUGCUCCUGUGCCUCUGGUUGGAGGGGCAACAGGUGUAAUAUACCUGUGUGCUUACAGAAGUGUAAAAAUGGUGGUGAGUGUGUGGGACCCAAUACUUGCAAUUGUCAAACAGGAUGGGAGGGCUUGCAUUGUCAAACACCCAUCUGUAAGAAAAGGUGCCUCAAUGGAGGGAGAUGUGUCCUGCCUGACUUCUGCCACUGUCGGAAGGUCAACACUGGUCCCACCUGUGGGCUAAAGGCUCGACAUGCAUGAAUGCAUGAUGAGGAAGCAGAGGUUACAAAAUGCACAAAGAAGACAUGGGCUGGAUCAAGACAUUUUGUUUUGUUAUUGAGUAUCUUUAUGCGUAUGAAUGAGAGGCAGAGAAAAAGAAAGGAAGCAUGUGUUUUUCUACAUGAUCAGAGGGACUGGAUAGAUUGCACUUGUCUAUUUGUCCCUGUAUAUCACUACCUCAUUGCUCAUGGUAGCACAUCCAUGGGGACUGCAUAAGAACUAUGCAAAAUAUACUCUCAAUCACAGUGAUGCAAAUUCAGAAUAACAGUAAUAUUCCUCUCUGGGGAAAAGUGUGUAUUAUGUGGUCUUCAUGUAGGGCAGAAAAAAAGUAAAAACAUGUUGUGUACACGUUUAAUAAAAGAACAAGUAACAUAAUUCUUCUAAAGUAGAAAAUAACUUUUUUAGAUUGUGUUUAGUUCCCUAAGAAACAAACCUUUGGCCCAGUAAUUGGUUGAUGUGAAUCCUCCUUUAUUGGACCAAUACGGUUGUGCACUGUUUUCUAUUCUUCAUUGAACAUCUUGGAGAUAAUUUUUUUUGUGAAUCUUUAUAUAUUUUUAAAUAAUUUAGUAAUAUUGGCAUGUGUUCCAAUGAUACAAAUUAGCCUUUAGCUUUGUUUAGAUACAACAUAGCUGUUAACUGAUAAAAGAAAGCUUUAAAUACCAUAGUAGAUAAUUGAUCUUGUGGCUGAAACUAACAUUAAAAGGUUUUAUUUUAGGAAUCAGGUUUAAUUACAUCACAAUGUUGUAAAUUUGUCAUGAAAUAAACUGAUAAAAUUAUUUUGAA